AGAUGCUCCUGAGAUUGCUCGUAGUAGCGGCCGUAUACACCCCGCUCUGUGUUCACCCGGCUUCAUCUACAACAGAGGCACAGCCACAAGAUGAUAAAACUGUUCUACAGCAGCUCAAACUAAUCAGUGAGUCGCUGAAGGUUCUAGUGGCAGAGGCCGGUCGACAACAGUCCCAAAUCAACCAAUUAGAGGAGGAGCUCUCCUCAAUGAACAAUGAUUACGAGGAUCUGAAAGAAGACGUGGCAAACUUG